GCUCCGUGCUGUCCGCGGCCAGAGCUCGCGUGCUGUCCUGCGCAGAGAGCAGCAGCGCGCGGCCCAGCAUUGACGCCUCCUUGUCCGAGUUCAUCUUCGCCCACGGGGCCGCCGGCGCCGGGGGGUCAGCCAUGGCGAAGUUCACCCGCCAGUGCACUGG